GAAUGACGAGUUUUGCCAUUGGUUGUAACAUUCGUUUCAGCUUCAAAUCGAUAAGUCUUCGUGGUUCUUCCAAUCACCGUUAACUCAUUUACAAAAUUAAUACGCCAACUCUGCGUACCGGAGGAAUUUCCUUAGUCUCGAAAGAAUGAAAACAUCGAUAGGGAAGAUUUUCGAAGGUAAAUCGACUGCGUUGUUCGUUUGCGCAGGCAUAUUCCUUUCUGUACUGUGUUCUGUAGCGGGAACCUCCGAAACAGAUAAUUCAAAUGAGAAACCUGCCCAUUGUGGCUUCCACAGACAAACAACCACAAAGGGCAAUCGUAAAAGAGAAAUACGCGAUUACUGUCUGACAAAUGACCAUAUACUUGGCAUUUACGAAAACACUGUUGUCACUCGCAUAAAUCAUUUGAAAAACAUGGUAAGAAUAGAGUCUGGCAAGUUUGUAAUCGGCACAAACGAUCCAAUUUUCGUGGCUGACGGUGAAGGACCGAAACAACAAAUAUACUUGGAUAGCUUUUACAUGGACGAGACGGAAGUGAGUAAUGGUGAUUUUGCAAGAUUCGUCGACGCUACCGGCUAUCGAACGGAAGCUGAAAAAUUCGGUGAUUCGUUCGUAUUCGAGGGUCUAUUGGGAGAAAAUGUAGCAACAGACGUACCGCUCGUUGCUGCUCAGGCUCCUUGGUGGGUACAAAUAGAAAAUGCGAGUUGGCAUCAUCCAGAGGGUCCUGAUUCCGAUAUCGAGCAUAGGAUAGACCAUCCUGUUGUACAUGUUUCGUGGAACGAUGCUGUUGCCUAUUGCGAAUGGUUGGGAAAAAGAUUACCAACCGAAGCCGAAUGGGAAGUAGCAUGUCGGGGAGGACUCUCGGAUAGAUUGUAUCCAUGGGGAAAUAAAUUCGUUCCGAAUGGUCGAUACAGGGCAAACACGUGGCAAGGUGAUUUUCCGACUAAUAACACGAAAGAGGAUGGAUAUGAAAGUACAUCGCCAGUUACAGAAUUUCCACGAAACAAAUAUGGACUGCGUAAUAUGAUAGGAAACGUUUGGGAAUGGACGUUCGAUUGGUGGACAGUCGACGUCGGGAAUCGAGGCGGGUCGACCAAUCCUGCCGGUCCACCACAUGGUACGAACAAAGUGAAGAAAGGUGGUUCUUACCUUUGCCACGAGAGCUAUUGCUUUAGAUAUAGAUGCGCCGCGCGAAGUCAAAAUACUCCCGAUACGACAGCUGGAAAUCUUGGUUUUAGGUGCGCGUUGUCGGGGAAACGUUAAU